AUGUCUAUGAUCACGGCGACAACCUGGGUCCCGCGCGGCUUCGCGGCCCCCUUCCCCGAGAAAUACCAGUUCGACGAGGACGAGUACGAGCGCAUUUCCCAGCUCGCCAAGCUCCAGCUCGACGAUGCGAAGGAAGACCUCGAGGAGGCGCAGGCCGAGAAGACGGCCACCGGCAACGGCAGAUCAAAGUCGAAGAAGCACGACGACGACGACGACGACCUCAAGGAAUACGACCUCGAGCACUAUGACGACGAAGUCGACGAAGCUGCUGGCGACACCAUGGCCAUGUUCGGCAACGCCAACAACCUGGUCUUCCACGAGAACGACGAAGACGACCCCUACAUCACCAUGCAGGGCGCCGACGAGGAGGACGACGAGGAGCGCGAAGAGCUCCAGAUCCUGGCCACAGACAACCUGGUCCUGGCCGGGCGCAUAGAGGAUGAGGUUGCGCAUCUGGAGGUCUACGUCUACGAGGACGAGGACGACAACCUCUACGUCCACCACGACAUCAUGCUGCCCGCCAUUCCCCUGGCCGUCGAGUGGCUAGAUCUGCCCGUGGGCAAGUCGGCCGCCUCGAGCAACGCCAAGGGCAACUUUGUCGCCAUCGGCACCAUGGACCCUGAUAUCGAGCUGUGGAACUUGGACGUCGUCGACAGCAUGUACCCAGACGCCGUCCUCGGCCAAGGCGCAGAGGACGCGGCAAACGCAGACAAGCCCAAGAAGAAGAAGAAGAAGAAGUCGAACAAGGCAAACGACAACUUCCACGUCGACUCGGUCCUUUCGCUCGCAGCCAACCGCCAGCACAGGAACCUGCUCGCCUCGUCGUCCGCGGACAAGACUGUCAAGCUGUGGGAUCUCAACACGACCAAGUGCGCAAAGUCGUACACAUACCACACAGACAAGGUGUGCUCCGUCGCAUGGCACCCCGUCGAAUCUACUGUCUUGCUCAGCGGCAGUUACGACCGCACAGUGGUUGCAGCCGACAUGCGAGCACCCGAGGCAAAGGCACCGCGAUGGGGUGUGGAGAGUGAUGUCGAGACAGUCAGGUGGAACCCUCACGACCCCAACUACUUUUACAUCUCCACCGAAAAUGGCAUGAUCCACUACCACGACACACGCAUGGCGCCCGCAGACCCGUCGCAGUCCAAACCUGCCUGGGUACUCCAAGCCCACGACGAGUCCAUCUCCUCGUUCGACAUCAACCCAAUCAUCCCCGGUUUCCUGGUGACGGGUUCAACAGACAAACAGGUCAAGCUCUGGAACGUGCAAGAGAACGGGCCAAGCAUGGUGGUGUCGCGAGACCUGGGCGUUGGCAGAGUCUUCUCGACCUCGUUUGCCCCAGACAAGGAAGUUGGCUUCCGCUUGGCUGUUGCCGGCAGCAAAGGAUCCGUACAGAUUUGGGACACAAGCACAAAUGCAGCGGUUCGUGCAGCCUUCGCUACCAAGGUGCCGCAGAUGAAGCCUGGCGCAAAGGAGAGGCUCGUUGCCUUGGAGGAGUCUGACACCGACUCUGACACGGAUGAGGGCGAGAGCGACGGCGAAGAGGAGGGUGAACAGGAAAAGGGAUGGGAGUCGAUGGAGGAGUAG